CAAUAAGUACUCUUGUUUUGUAUUCUAAACCUCACAGGUGGUUUUCGUACUAAUAAUACUACAAACAUUUCAUCUCCUGCAGCUGAAAAACAUCCUUCUUUCUUCAAACUAUGCCAACAAACUUCCUGAAUGCCCGAACUUGCUCGAUCCGCCUCCUUUGGACCUCGUCUUUUGCAUCAGACAAAGUUAAGCUCCGAUAAAGAUCCCUGUGGAAUUUCAAGAACUCGUUUUUAUAGCUCCCUUUAUCCAGGAACAUAUUAUUCUCCACCAUCAAGCUAAUUACCUCCAUAACUCUCUCAAAAUAGCCUCCCUGAAUAAAACUCAACAGCAGCAACUCAUACAAAUCCCUUCUGUAGACCUUAUUCAAACUUACCAUGCUCCGCUUUAUAUCGCCCCAUAAAAACGUGAUCUGACGAAACAACCCAAGGGAAAUAAAUCCGCAAACCAGAUGGAAAAAGGUCGAGUCAUCAGGCUCGAUUUUCAUCUUUUGCAAUUUGAGCAAUCACUGCAGUGUGGGCAUCAGCCAUGACUCCAUUAAGUGCCAUAAGCUCCAUAACAAGAUGACCCUUUAAAGGAGCCUUGAAUCUCACACAAGCAUCAAGAACAAGGUUGAAAAUCGUCGUGUCAGGCCUAGUCAACUCAGCAUUAGCCGAUUUUUCCGCAUUUAACUUGUGAAAAAUCUCAUCCAACAUAUUCGAGCCGAGAUACACCCCGUUUUCUGUUUUAACCAAAUGAAGGAAAAUCAUUCUCAGCACAUCUAACGAAGGCAGUUUCCUUUUCUCCAGCAUCUGCCGAAGAACGUUCGAAGCCGAAACAGGAAUUUGAGCCCUGGCUAAAGAAAGGGCCACCUUUGUCAUCAAGGCAGGUGUAAGUAAAACUGGUUUUUCUUUGGAAAUCGAAAUAACUAAAUCGCAGGCUUUCUGAAGGUAUUUGGAGUCAGAUGUAUACGAAAGCUCGGUUAUCAAGUUAGACAUGUGAGAUCGAUCGGGAUAACCGUAAAGCCGCUUGAAAUCGUUGUAAGCUUUUAAUGCCCCAUUUACUUGAUGCUCCUUUAAAGCAUUUUCGAGAUUUUCGAGCAGAAUCCAACGGGUGGGUCCUUUACUGUAUAUCUUUUCCAGCUGUGCACUGAUAGUAGAAAGAUUUUUCAACAAGUGCUUACAAGGAGGCUUAUCAUCUUUGUUCAACUGGCUGAAGGCACAUCCUUCACCAAGCAUCAAACUUGAUAAACCCCGUUGGUUUGUUUUUGUCAAUUUUCGCAACAUGGAAUCAUAUUACAUUAAAUUUCUCAUUUUCAUGACGCUAUGAAGUAUGAAGCUUAUGGCCUAUGGGCAUCUACAUAAACAGCUCCAAACGACACCGUUUGGAGAAAUUUCCCUUCUGUGUGCAUAUACGGAUUCAGAUGCAGUGAAAGGAAAGCUUGAGAAUCUAGGUGGAAGCGACGCGACGGGAGUGUUGAGGUUUGCAGAAGAAUCCGGCGGCCAACGGCGGCGGUGUAAGAGGCGAUUUUGAAGAACAGCCUCAUAAAACGUGUUUACAUUAAUCUCAACGAUAGGGGACCAAAGUCGCACUUUUCACUGAUAUACAGUGAUGGGCUCCAAAAAAUGUGCCGAAAGCUCUCCAUUUUUGCUCUUCUAUUUUAAGACAAACUGAAACUCAGACGCCUCUAUUUACUUGAAUCAAAACUCAAUUACUCAAGAAAAUAAAUUGGAGAGAUUAAAAAAAAUAAACUUUGAAAAUAUGGGGAUUCCGUCGGAGAUGAGGGACCUAUUUGCGAAUUCAAGGAACCCAUUGGUGAUCCAGUCUCCAGCUGAAGAUGCGAAAAUUCUCCGCUCGAAGCAGUGUACUCAAGAAGGCGUGCGAGCCGGAGCCAAAGCUGCUGCUGUUACAUGUGUUGCCAGCGCUGUGCCUACUCUGAUUGCUGUUCGAAAAAUUCCUUGGGCUAAGGCGAAUCUCAACUAUACUGCGCAGGCACUCAUCAUAUCUGGUGCAUCAAUAGCCGCGUACUUCAUCACUGCCGACAAAACCAUCUUGGAGUGCGCAAGGAAAAAUGCACAGUAUAAAUCAACUUAAAUGGUGGUUAGAGGGAUGUUUUUGUAAUAACAGCUUUGUGCCCGUCUCUUUCAAUUUGGUACGUUAUUCAGUUUUACGUUCUGAAACUACUGAGAUCAUUCCCAGUUUUUGAACAGUCUUUUGUUGUGUAUAUUAUGUUCCAUUCUCUGCUGAGAUCUUUUGUUGAUUUGCUUGCUAGCAGCAUUUUGUCAUGGGCACAUGUAUGAGUUCUUAUGGAACUUUUUUGAUUUCAAAUAGAAUUGGAGUAAGCAGUAUGAUUUUCAUUUCUACUUUUAUGUUAUGAGGAAAGUGUGUAAAUGGUG